CAACCCCACUCCUCGACUUCCUGCUAUACAUACCUCGUACAUACUACGUAUUGGUGACAAAAGUUGAAGCAAGCCAGUAAUGACUUUAUGUGGAUAUAUCGCAUGUUCUAGCAUGUCUCCCCCGCAUCCCAUGACUGAACUACUACGUAUACUUCGGUGCAUCCAAGGUACGAAGUAGACGUUCUUUCGGCAUCGACUCCGCAAAAAGUAACCCCCCCCCCCCAAGAAGAACUCCCCGCAUGUCAGAGUACUGUCGUUUAUCAAAUGCCCCCAAAGGGGUUCUCGUGCGUGCACCUCCUGCCAUCAGAUGCGGAGCGCCGUCUUCGGAAGGCCAAGGGAAAGGAAUUGUCCAUCAGUAUUUAGACAACCCAGGAUCGUAAAGCUUCCACAUGAAGAUCUAAGUUUCCUUUUGCAGAUCAACAUAAAAGGUCAGGGCAAACACAACACAAUACAAAAAAGCAGCCAGCCACUGCGGCCCCUCCCUUCCAACUCCUCACACCAACAAUGUCUGCUAGACACUUUGUCAACGACCCAACCCACCUGGUCAACACGGCCCUGCACGCCAUCACCAUCACCAAUCCCUCGGUAGCAUGCGACGCCGAGAACAAGAUAAUCUACGUGCGGCCGGACUCGCGCCGCCCAAGACAGCCCGUCGCCAUCAUCUCCGGCGGCGGCUCCGGUCAUGAACCGUCCUUUGGCGGCAUGGUAGGCCGUGGCCUACUUUCGGCCGCCGUGGCCGGCACAAUAUUCGCCAGCCCGUCCACCGAGCAGGUCCGCACCGCCAUCACGUCGAGGGUAGAGGUCGGCGACAGGGCAGACGGGGGCGGCGUGCUCAUCACCGUCAUGAACUACACAGGCGACAUACUCAACUUUGGCGUCGCAGCCGAAAAGGCGCGUGCGGCCGGCAUCAACGUCGAGAUGGUCGUCAUCGGGGAUGACGUUGGCGUCGGCCGUGCAAAGGGUGGUAAGGUCGGCCGUCGCGGCAUCGCCGGCACCGUCCUGGUGGAUAAGAUCGCCGGUGCCCUGGCCGCGCGGGGCGCCAACCUGUCCGAGGUGACCCACGUCGCUCGUCUUGUCGCAUCCAACGUUGCCAGUAUCGGCGCCAGCCUCGAACACGUUCACGUCCCCGGCCGCAAGGCAGCAGACCAGGAGGACACCUUGGCCGAGGGCGAGGUCGAGAUCGGCAUGGGCAUCCACAACGAACCUGGAUCGGGUCGUGAGAAGGACCUUGAGCUGCCCGCGCUUGUGGAGCGGAUGCUGGCGCAGCUGCUCGACCAGAAGGACGCUGACCGCGCGUAUACGCAGGUCGGCAGCGGCGACAAGUUCGUCCUGCUAGUCAACAACCUCGGCGGUGUGAGCGUUUUGGAAAUGGGCGGCAUUACCGCAGAGGUGGCGAAGCAGCUAGGGACGACGUGGGCCAUCAAGCCGGUGCGAGUUCUCGCCGGGACCUUUAUGACCAGCCUCAACGGGCUGGGUUUUAGCAUCUCACUGCUGAAGGUAGUUGAUACUGGCAGUUCUGCAACAAUGGUGCAGUUGUUGGACGACCCCUGCGAGGCCACUGGAUGGUCUGCCCCUAUCGCUACCGAGACAUGGGACUCGCCGCCUACGGCAACCAAAGAGGGCAACUUGAAGGAGGAGAGAGAUCUCAAGCCUACUGGGCUGAGGUUGGAUGCCGCCGUUGCUCAAAACGCUAUCACUGCAGCAUUGGAAAAUGUCAUUGCCGUUGAGCCUGAGGUCACCAAGUACGACACGGUGGUUGGCGAUGGCGACUGUGGUAUUGGCUUGAGGAGGGGCGCUGAAGCCGUACUCAAACACCUUGCGAGCAACCCACUAAGUGGCGAUGCCGCGGUCGACGUGGCAAGCAUAGUGCCGGUCGUGGAGAAUCACAUGGACGGCACAUCUGGCGCUCUGUACUCCAUCUUCCUAAAUGCAAUGCUCCGAUCACUGCGCGACAACGCUCCUUCAUCGGGCGAGUCGACAGCCUCCCCUGAGCUGUGGGCCAAAGUACUGAAGGAGAGCUGCAAGGCGCUCGGAAACUACUCGCAGGCACAAGUGGGCGACCGAACUCUGAUCGAUGCUCUCCACCCAUUCGUAAACACGCUCGCAGAGACCGGCAAUGUAGGCACUGCCGCCAGCGCAGCCCAAAAGGGAGCUGAAAGCACCAAGGGCAUGAAGCCCAGCUUUGGCAGGUCGACAUACGUGGGAGGAACCGGUUUCGAACAGGUACCCGACGCUGGAGCUUGGGGACUUGCUGCCUUCUUUAAUGGGUUAGCAAGACAAUCUUAAGGGGCAUGUUUAAUUGCAAGAUUCAGGAGGCCUUUUUUGAUAUCAUUUAAUAUGUCCAGUUAGUUGCAGUUACUCCAAUGUUUAUUGAGCAAGCUUUGCGUAAAACCUCCCG